UCGCCUGCUCUUUCUAUCGCCUGCGGGAGCCGGUGUUCGUUGCUCGCCGCGGCCUGCGCGCCACCGCCGGGAAUGGAGAGCGGCGCGCUGUGACCGGCCCUAGGGCGCGCCGCCGCUGCGCAGAGCCGCGGUGCCGCAGGGAGCCGCCGCCGCCGGCGGGAUGAGCGGGAGCGGCGCCCCCGGGCCCGGCGCGGCACCCUGCCGCUUCGCCCACUACUUCGUGCUGUGCGGCAUCGACGCGGAGAGCGGGCUGGAGCCCGACGAGCUGGCAGUCUUGUACAAAUGGCUAGAAGCAGAUCUUCAUGGCAAGAGCUCAGAUACUACAGACAAAACCUCAGGAGAGAAUUUUGACCAGAGUCCAUUACGAAGAACCUUCAAGUCCAAAGUUUUGGCCCAUUAUCCUCAGAACAUUGAGUGGAACCCCUUUGACCAGGAUGCUGUCAACAUGCUGUGUAUGCCCAAAGGGCUGUCUUUCAGGACACAGGCAGAUAACAGAGAUCCACAGCUCCAUUCAUUCAUCAUCACCAGAGAAGAUGGCUCUCGUACCUAUGGAUUUGUGCUCACAUUCUAUGAGGAGGUCACCAGCAAGCAGAUCUGUACAGCCAUGCAAACACUCUACCAGAUGCACAAUGCAGAGCAAUACAGCAGUGUCUGUGCCUCCUCCUCUUGCAGCAUGGACUCCCUGGCAAGCAGCAUUGACGAGGGUGAUGCCACAUCCCUUGCCAAGCUCCAGCGGUACAAUUCCUAUGACAUCAGCAGAGACACACUGUAUGUCUCCAAAUGCAUAUGCCUCAUCACCCCUCUGCCCUUUAUGCAAGCCUGCAAGAAGUUCCUGAUCCAGCUCUACAAGGCAGUGACCUCCCAGCAGCCACCACCUCUGCCCCUGGAGAGUUACAUCCACAACAUCCUCUACGAGGUGCCCUUGCCGCCACCAGGAAGAUCGCUGAAGUUUUAUGGGGUUUAUGAACCCAUCAUUUGCCAGAGACCUGGGCCCAAUGAACUGCCACUCUCUGACUACCCACUGCGGGAAGUCUUUGAGCUGCUGGGCCUGGAAAACCUGGUCCAGGUUUUCACCUGUGUUCUUCUGGAGAUGCAGAUCCUUCUGUAUUCACAAGACUAUCAGCGUCUGAUGACGGUGGCAGAGGGGAUCACGACACUUCUGUUCCCAUUUCAGUGGCAGCAUGUGUAUGUCCCCAUCCUUCCUGCCUCUCUUCUGCAUUUUCUGGAUGCUCCUGUUCCCUAUCUUAUGGGGCUGCAGUCUAAGGAGGGAACCGAUCGGUCCAAGCUGGAGCUGCCUCAGGAGGCAAACUUGUGCUUUGUAGACAUUGACAGCCAUUUCAUCGAACUGCCAGAGGAAUUUCCCCAGUUCCCCAACAAGCUGGAGUUUAUCCAGGAAAUCUCCGAGGUUCUCCUCCAGUUUGGGAUCCCACCUGAGGGUAACCUUCACUGCAGCGACAGUGCCACCAAACUCAAGAACUUGGUUCUUAGUGACUUGGUGAAUGACAAGAAGAAUGGGAACAUCCCUGGCAAUGCCCUCAACAUGUAUGAGCUGCUGAAAGGCAACGAGACAAUUGCCCGCCUGCAAGCCCUCACCAAAAGAACGGGUGUGAUGAUGGAAAAAAUGGCCAUCACAGCUCCCCUCACGGAGAAGGAGAAGGAUGGGAAAUUGCCAUGUGAGGAAAUGGAGCUGAGGGACUACAAACUGAAUGUGCAGCUUCGUGAGGUUUUUGCCAACCGCUUCACGCAGAUGUUUGCAGACUAUGAGGCUUUCGUCAUUCAGGCUGCUCCUGACAUGGAGUCGUGGCUGACAAACAGGGAACAAAUGCAAAAUUUUGACAAAGCUUCCUUCCUUUCGGACCAACCCGAGCCAUACCUCCCAUUCCUUUCACACUUCAUUGAAACCCAGAUGUUUGCAACCUUCAUAGACAAUAAGAUAAUCUCCCAGUGGGAAGAGAAGGACCCUUUUCUGCGAGUUUUCGACUCCCGAAUCGAGAAAUUAAGGCUAUAUAAUGUAAGAGCCCCUGCACUGCGGACAUCCAACUAUCAGAAAUGCAGCACUUUGAAAGAAGCAGCCCAAUCCAUCGAGCAGCGGCUGAUGAAGAUUGAUCACACAGCUAUCCACCCCCAUUUACUUGAUAUGAAGAUAGGCCAAGGGAAAUACGAGCAAGGAUUUUUCCCAAAGCUGCAAUCGGAUGUCUUGGCAACAGGACCCACCAACAACAACCGCUGGACCAGUCGUAGCACCACCACGCAGAGAAGGAAAGACCGCCUGCGGCAGCACUCAGAACACAUCGGGCUGGACAAUGAUUUGAGGGAGCCAUCAGAGGAGCAUUUGCUUCGUCAGAACUCAAUGGCCUUCUGGGAGUGGGAUCAGGGACCACCCCCUCCUGCACGGCCUCCUAAAAAAUCCUUCUCUGAAUGCUGCCUGAAAUACAUGCAGGAGGCAAGGAGUUUAGGAAAAAAUUUGAGGCAGCCCAAACUCUCAGAUCUCUCUCCAGCUGUGAUUGCACAAACCAACUGGAAAUUCGUGGAGGGGUUACUGAAGGAAUGUCGCAUGAAGACUAAACGCAUGUUGGUAGAGAAGAUGGGCCAUGAAGCAGUGGAGCUGGGACAUGGAGAAGCCAAUAUAACAGGUCUGGAGGAAAAUACAUUGAUUGCUAGUCUCUGUGAUCUGCUAGAAAGAAUCUGGAGCCAUGGUCUGCAGGUCAAGCAGGGGAAAUCUGCUUUGUGGUCACAUUUACUUCAGUACCAGGAGAAAGAAGAGAAACAAGAGCACGGUGCAGAGUCCCCAGUUGCUGUUGGAACAGAAAGACGGAAGUCUGAUACAGGAAUUAGUCUGCCUACUUUGAGGGUUUCCCUGAUACAAGAUAUGAGGCAUGUUCAAAACAUGAGCGAGAUAAAGACUGAUGUGGGACGAGCCAGAGCCUGGAUAAGGCUUUCUCUGGAGAAGAAGCUUUUGUCUCAACACCUGAAACAGCUUCUUUCCAACCAGGCACUUGCCAAGAAACUUUACAAGCGUUAUGCUUUCCUGCGCUGUGAAGAGGAACGGGAGCAGUUUCUCUAUCACCUGCUGUCACUCAAUGCUGUGGAUUACUUUUGCUUCACGAGCGUCUUCACCACAAUCAUGAUCCCUUACAGGUCAGUGAUAAUUCCCAUCAAAAAACUAAGCAAUGCAAUAACCACAUCAAACCCAUGGAUCUGUGUAUCAGGAGAACUAGGAGAUACAGGUGUAAUGCAGAUUCCUAAAAACCACCUAGAAAUGACGUUUGAGUGCCAAAAUUUAGGGAAGCUGACAACCGUGCAGAUUGGUCAUGACAACUCAGGGCUGCUAGCCAAGUGGCUGGUUGAUUGUGUCAUGGUCAGAAACGAAAUUACAGGACACACAUACAGGUUUCCCUGUGGAAAGUGGCUUGGGAAAGGUGUUGACGAUGGCAGCUUGGAGCGAAUACUUAUUGGAGAGCUGGUGUCCUCCACAUCUGAUGAAGAGCUGGGAAAGCAGUGCCGUACCCCACCCCAACAGAAAUCCCCUACCAUGGCUCGACGGCUGAGCAUCACUUCCCUUACAGGGAAGAACAGCAAACCUAAUGCGGGUCAGAUCCAAGAGGGAAUCGGGGAAGCUGUGAACAAUAUUGUGAAACACUUUCACAAGCCAGAGAAAGAGAGAGGGAGCCUUACCAUUCUGUUGUGUGGAGAAAACGGUCUGGUUGCAGCAUUGGAGCAGGUCUUCCACCAUGGAUUCAAAUCAGCUCGCAUUUUUCAUAAGAAUGUCUUUAUUUGGGAUUUCAUAGAGAAAGUUGUUGCUUAUUUUGAAACCAGUGACCAGAUUGGAGACAAUGAGGAGGCCCUUUUGCUGCAAAGAUCUUCAUGCAAGACCUUCUGUCAUUAUGUAAAUGCUAUCAAUACAGCUCCAAGGAAUAUUGGAAAGGAUGGCAAGUUCCAAAUUCUGAUUUGCCUGGGGACAAGGGACCACUUGCUCUCUCAGUGGAUCCCAUUGUUGGCAGAAUGCCCACCCAUUACAAGGAUGUAUGAGGAGAAUGCUCUCUUACGGGACCGCAUGACUGUCAACUCCCUUAUCCGUGUCCUACAGACAUUGCAAGAUUUCAACAUCAUCCUAGAAGGAUCACUUAUUAAAGGAGUGGAUGUUUAGCAUGGCUUUGCUGAGAACUUCAUUUAUUCCUUUCCCAAGCAAGCAAACCACAACAGGAGACCUGUCAGGACUUGAACACGAUGGUAGUGCACCACUGUAAGGCAAAGCUGCCAGCUGAAGUGGGAGUGGGAAGCCUGGUUUCUGCCCAACGGGGACUGUCCUCUAAAGCUGCAGAAAGCUAAGAUGCAGUAUUGUAGUUUAUUUGAAACAGAAAUUUAGUAUAAAAUAGAGUAUUUUCAUGUGUUAGAUGUGUGUAAAUAUGCUAUCUUCUUUAAGAAAUUAUAUUACUCUAAGAAAUUUUUCUUAGACUAAAUGUUCUUGUUCUUGAUUAUGAGUAGCUUAACCCCAGGGGAAGGACCUGGCGGGAGGGAAAGACUGAGGUGGGAAGGGAUGUUGCUACUUGCUUGCAAGGAAGAAGCCAAUCAAUGUGUAAAUACAGUGCAAACUCAGCAGGGCUUUUUUCAGGUAUUGCAAAUUCAUAUGGCAGAUACCCUUACAUAGCCAUUGGGAUUGUCUCACUCUUGGAAAUGUAAGCAAAUGCUGGUUUACUGACUGUACAUAGUCUCUCCUAGGUUUGUGUUUGUUUGUUUGAAGACUCGA